AUGCCGCUCAAUCGCUUAUGGUUCAUCACAACACCUCGUACAGCCUCGAACCUGUUAAUCCGCAUUUUGGCCACCGACCGACAGCCGAAUACUAUCCCCGGAGAGUACUUCUGCCAGCAAGCAUUGAAUGUAUUGGAAGAGUCGGGUUGUCUGGAAAAACCACUGGGAGAUUGGUCCAGCCAUGAAAUCAGCAAAAUUGGAAACAUCUACCAAGAAAGCUUCGAUCAGCUGCAGGCCUUUGUGAAAGCAGCAGGGGACAAGCGCAUCGUCCUCAAAGAGCAUGCGUUGUUCGUGAUUGACCCCGCGACAAGAGUCCGCCCUGCCGACUCUGCGGCAAAGCAUGAACUGCUCUGUAAAGUGAAAAACUCAGAGAUGUCUUGCUUAAGCCUACCAGAUCUUCCACCGAACGUUACAGUCUUCCCUGAUGAGUUCCUUGCAUCGUGGUUCCCUGUGCUCUUGAUCAGGCAUCCUGCCGUUGCAUUUCCUUCGUACUACCGAACAUAUUCCACGCACUGGGCAAAAACUCCCGAGGAAAGAGAGGCAAUGAAAGGCGAAAUUCAAACUGCCAUGACCUUGCGUUGGGCACGCAGCCUGUACGACUGGUAUCUGGCAUUGUGGGAGCAAAUUGGUUCAGACGCAAACCUUCCUCGACCCAUCGUUCUUGAUGCAGAAGACUACAUGUCAGACCCAGAAAUGAUAGAACGGUUCUGCGAUACUGUUGGACUCGAUUCAUCAAAGCUGCAGCUUUCAUGGGAACCUGCAAGCAAGGAAGCCUUGGAAAAUACCGACCCGGGGAAGAGGCGGAUGCGGGAUACGCUGUUCGCUUCAACAUGUAUCAACCCGGAGAAGAUCAAACGGGAGAUUUCGUUACAGGAAGAGGUACAGAAGUGGCAAUUGGAAUUUGGUGAAGAUGACGCUCGGAAGAUAGCGGAUUGGGUCAAGUCUGCAUUGCCUGAUUACGAGUUCUUGAGAGAGAGGCGAUUCACCUGA